GUCUCUAGCAAAGAAAAAAAAUAAUUGUAUUUUAAAGUCUGGUCCAGCAUGAAGUCACCACUUUUUCUUUUCUCUGAGCCCUGCUGAGUCUAGUCAUAACUCGAUUUCUGGUGACUAAUAGAAGAGCUGGGACACUAUUGUUUCUUUUGGCUUCUUGAGCAACUCUCUCCCGUUACCUCCCCUCAGCUGGGGAGACCUAAAGCCAUAAGAUGUGCUGGAGCUGAGGAGAGGCCGAAGCGCAAAUUGCUCUGUUGUGUCAGCCCUUGGCUCGCACUCCUCUGGGUUGGGGUUUUGUUUCCCUGCAUUUCUUUUCAGAGCCUGUUUUUGCUUUCAAGAGGGGAGUGAAGUGGCAGCCUGUUGUAGCAAAUGAGACAAGUCCCAAACUGGCUUCUUCAGCCCGGAGAAGGAAAGGUUUUGGGGAGACCUCAGAGCCCCCUCCAGUGCCUAAAGGGGCUCCGAGAGAGCUGGAGAGGGACUCUGGACAAGGGGUGGAGUGACAGGAGAAGGAGGAAUGGCUUCCCACUGCCAGAGGGCAGGGUGAGAUGGGAUAUUGGGAAGGAAUUGUUGGCUGGGAGGGUGGGGAGGCCCUGGCACAGGUUGCCCAGAGAAGCUGUGGCUGCCCCAUCCCUGGAAAUGCCCAAGGCCAGGUUGGACGGGGUUUGGAGGAACCUGGGCUAGUGGAAGGUGUCCCUGCCCAUGGCAGGGGGUGGAAUGAGUUGAUCUUUAAGGUCCCUCCCAACUCAGCCAUCCUGUGAUUCCAUGAUCUCAGUGAUGGCUCCACCUCCAUGCAGAGGUGGCUCAGCCCUGGUCACCUGCAGGGACGUGUCCGGGACAUGUCCCAGCACUGCUGUGGCCACGGGAGUGUCCGCCCUGCCUGAAGCAUUCCUGGCUCCAUCACUUUUCCGUAGUGAGUGAUCUCCCUUGCCAAGUGUUGCAGUUAUUGGGAGAUAAAUAUUCCUCGGGGGCUCCGGCGUUGGCCGUGGCCUCGCUAUUCACAGGGGCCCUGCAGUUUGUAAGACAACUGCAUGACAAAUGGGCUGCUCUUGCUUUUUAGUGGGUUGUCCUCCCUUCAGCCUCAACAUGUAGGACUGGCAAGAGCCUUGAGGGCUCUUCUCUGGGCUUUGUGGUUUAUUUCCUUUAAAAUGGAUUAAGAAGGACAUGUUCCCCUGACAAGAAUGAAGGGGGACAACUGUAUGUAGUGAGAACAUUAAGCAAAUCGUUAACAGAAUUGCUUUAGAACAGGCCUGAGCAGCAAGGCUGGGGGCAGGCAUAAAUACCAGGGGCUUUGGGAGAGCUGUGGAUGGAGUUUGCAUUCUUUGUCCCCCACUGGCAGGAUCUCAGAUGUGCUCCAUGGCUGCUGGCAGGGGGAGGCAGAGGGAGAAUCCCUUCUCUCCAUAAAAGCCCCGCGCCACUGUCCCCUCUCUGGUGUGUGCCUGGGAUGCAGGAGGAGAGCAGGAGGGAGUGAUUCCUGCAUGGAAUGUGUUAACAGGCUUUUUCUCAUGCUCACUACAUCGAAGUGUGAGCUCAGUGUAGCCGAGUUGGAGAGCAGAGAACUGCUGACUGCAGGUGGCCUUGGCAAGUAAAGCUCCUUCCUGCUCUUGGUGUUCCCGGAGAGAUGUCCUUCACUGGCCACACCAGGAGUUUCCAUGGAAGGUCUGUACAGCCACAGCAGAGUGUUGGCUGUGCCUGUGUGAUGGGACAGGAAAGGUGAAGCAUCUCCAUCCCUUGGGGGUGUGAGAGGUGCCAUCCCCUCGUUGGGCUCAGAGCUGCUCAGGAUUCACCUUCCUGCUCUCGGCAUCAGGGGAAUGCACGGAAAGAAGCCCGGAUCCGAUGGACUUGGAUAACCAGGUACCUUCCUGCCUCCAAAAUGCCCAGGUUGGGAGCAUCUGUCACCCAUGGCUGUGACGUGGGCCGGGGGAUUUAUCCUCUCUUCCUCCACACCCAUGUCCUGCUGCUCAGUCCUCACAUCCUUUGGAGACCUGUCCUGUGAAAGCCUCAGGGGGUACAGACCCCUCUGGAGCCCUGGGAGCCAGCGUGGAGGGCAGGAAGGACAAGAAGCAUAGGAUACCCUGGGGUUUCAGGAGCAGGUCUCUCCCUGUUUGUUCUGUGAGGUUCACUUUGCCUUUAUCACAAUCCCAGAAAAGCCCCUCAGUGUUUGCCGCUGCCUCAGCCGGCUCUUGUCCACACCCAGUGCUCCUGCAAAGGGAGUUCACAGCCCUGGGAUGCGAGUGCCCAGGGAUUCUCCGCAGAAUCGGGGACUUUUCAGCUGGUGCCAUGGGCCGUGCAGACCCAUGUCCAGCAGCUGGGGGUGCAGGAGGAGCAGCCGGGCUUCCCCAGGCAGUGCCGGGGCCGGGUGCACCAGGGCUGGAGCAGGGGCCAGUUCCUCUUUUGGGGCUCCACAUUCACUGCUGGUGGGAGAGGAGAUGAGGGCCGAGGGUUCAUCCAGAGGUCGGUGUUUCCCUGGCAGGGUCUCACAUCUGCACAGAUGUGCUGUGUGCUCACAGCUGCCUUGGCCCAGGACACCAGCCCUGGCCUUGGGGGGCUGUCACCCCGUCCUGCCUGCUGGGGACCUUAGUCCUGCUCGAGGGUCAGCCACAUCCUAACAUGACAAAGCUCGGAGGGUGAGGGGCAGCCACAGCAGAAGCCAGGAUGCUGCUUCUUCCAGAUAUACACUUCUAGGACUAGAGCACGAGCUCCACAGCUGAAACUCCACAUCCCUGGGUAACCCCUCGACAGCCUGGAGCUGCUCCUUCAGAUGGAAUUGGCCACACUGGGCCAAAAACCCCAAAACUGUGCAUUUUGGAGAACACCCUGUGAAGCACAAGGAGUACAUCCCCGGAGAGUGUAUCAGCACUAGGUGGCACAGGGACACAGACAUGUCACCAUAAAAAAGUCCCUGUGGGUGGGGUGCAGCUCUGGGUGCCCAGAUCCCACCUGGAGCUGCCACAGGGACAGUUCCUAUCUGGUUCCUGCCCUCGGUGAGGAGGGGACCCAGCAGCCGUCCUGGUGGGGACAUGAGGAACACUGGCAGUACAGCAGACUGGGGAGGAAGAGGAGGAUGAGGGGGAUGCCAGUUCUGCACAUCCCGCUGGGAAGCUGAACCCCAGGGAGCCGUUGUCUCCCGAGGAGGGGCAGGUGCUGCAGGAGAGUCCCCCGGGCUGGGCUGUGGCGGCUGGGGAGGGGAAUUUCUCGGUGUGACGGGCUCACCUGCGGCCCGGGGCUGCCGGGAAUCCCACGGUGAUGCCCGAUGGCCACACCCGGAGCUCAGUCCCUGGCUCAGGAUGGCCACGGAGCCCUCGCUGGCUGCUCCCGGUGCCCUCGGCACCAGCUGCCCGACAGGAGCUGGCACAGGGCACAGCCUGUCCCUGCCACAGGGAAGCUGCUCGGGGGAACUCCCCCAAACCCGCUCGGCUCUCCCAAGUGCCACUUCUGCCUCCUGGCGUUUGAUGUCACACUCGGUCUCCCCGAUCACCUGAGCACCCUCCUCCCAUCCCGCCGUUUCUCUUUCCCUUCCCUGCAGUGCUUUCUGCACUGUUUUUCCCCCUCUUCAGGCUUAUGUCUUUCUUUUCCCACUUCCGUAGCUACGAACACCCACAUGCCUUAUCUCCUUCCCCCAUCCCAUCCUGAAGCCUAUUUAUACAGAGCCUGGCUCCUGCCCAGCUUGCCGGAGAGCGCCGGAGGAGCGGGACGGGGCUGGCAGCGCCCGCAGCCCAACAUGCUCUUGGCUGAAAGGGGAUGCUUGCUGCUCUGGCUGCUCCCAUCCAUCCUCAGAGCCUGGUCUAGCACGGAUUCGAGGCCCAGGUCCAUGCCCUGCCAGCAGCCUCUCCUCUUUUCCUAUCUGCGAACCAGUCUCCUGCGAGGUGAUCCCAGCAUCCAGCUGUUACCAUGUCCCUGCCGUGCCCAAGAUGCUCAAAGGCAGGAUGGAGCACAGGGAUUCCAACAGCUGCCAUCGAUGUUAGAAAGGCAUUUGGGAGCCUGGAUGGGGAACAGCUGGUUUCUGUCCCCCCCAGAGAGAAAUCAGCUGCUCCCCAUCCAGGCUUCCAAUUCCAGAGGAAACCAGUUUGGAGCGAGAGGGAAGAGCCCCACAAAGGUGUCCUGCAAAGGAGUUGGCCUGCAGAAGUUUCCCGAGGAGCUUGGCCAAGGAAUUAAGCACCUUGAACUCUCCAACAACUUCAUCCGAAACCUGUCAGACAGCUACAUUCCAGGAUUUGGGCAGCUGGAGUACCUGGAUAUGUGCUGCAACCAGCUGGAAGCCGUGUCAGCCACCACCCUGGCUCAGCUGCCCCAGCUGCGCUCGCUCCUCCUGGGGUCAAACCACCUAGACCGGAAUUUCUUGGCUAAUGGGGAAGCCUUCCAUCUGCUCAGGAAUAUAGAGGUCCUGGACCUGUCAGGGAAUAACCUGGAGAGCCACAUGGCAGGCUGGUACAUCAGCAACCUCACCAGCCUCAGGGUGCUGGAUCUCUCCAGGAACAAGAUGACCAAGCUGCUGGCAGGGACCUUCCGGAGCACUCCAGGGCUGCGAGAGCUCGAUCUCAGCAACAACUACAUCAUGGAAAUCCAGGAGGGAGCUUUUGAGCCUCUGCAAAAGCUGGAGGUGGUAAACUUGGCUUUGAACUCCAUCCAGUGUAUCUCUGGCUUCAGCCUCACACAGCUGCGAGUUUUAAACCUCAGCCACAACGCCCUGGAGCUCUUCACCUCCGAGGAGGGAGUGGAGCCCUACCUGCUCCAAGUGCUCGACUUGAGCCAUAACAGACUCCUCUAUUUCCCAGAGCUCCCCAAAGUCAAUGAUCUCACACACUUAAACCUCUCCAACAACCUUAUUGCUUCCCUGCUCCCAGGCUCACACCGGCUGGAGGACUUUGUCCUGCCCUACAAGGAGAUGGGGCGGUUCAACAGGACCGUGCGUCCCGCGGCCGCUCUGUCACACGUGGCUGACUUGGACCUCAGCAAUAACCGCCUGGAGCUGUUCCCAUUUACCUUCUUCCACAGCCUGGGCUCCCUGCACAGCCUCAGCCUGGCUAUGAACUGUCUCCAGGAGGUGGCCAGGGAGUCUCUCACCAAUGGCACAGAGUCUGCUGACCCCUCUCCUGCUCCAGCAGAGCGCACUGAGCUCUCCGUGUGCUCCCUGGACCUCCACAGCAAUGCCCUCCGAGUGCUGCCACGCUGGUUCUUCGAUUCUCUGCCUCAGCUGGAAACCAUGGACCUGGGCUCUAACCACCUCCAGCCUUGCGAGGGCCAGGGAAGUGACCAGGGAGGGGAUUUGGGAGGGAGGUCUCACGUUCCAGCCCCUGGAGACACCUGCACCCCCUUCUACAAUGUGCCUCGCUUGAAGCACCUCAGCCUUCGCGAGAACAACAUCACCAGGCUGCACCCCCACGCCUUCCACAGGACCCCGCUGCUCUCCCUGGACCUGUCGGGGAACAGGGACUUGUCUGUGCCCACGGGAGCCCUGGGGGGGCUGGAGCUCUCCCUGCAGGAACUCUUUCUGAGGGGCAACCAGAUGGACGAGAGCCGGGCAGCGCUGCCCUGCCUGGGCACACUCCGAGUCCUGGACCUCGCCGGGAACCGUCUGAGCGCUUUGCCUGCAGGUCUGUCCUGCUCCCCACUGGAAAGCCUGGACGUUCGGAAUAACAGCCUGAAGACAUUGGGAAAACUCGUGAGCCGGUCCCACAGGCUGAGGGAGGUGUUCCUGGCCGGGAACCCCUUCAGCUGCUGCUCUCUGGGCUGGCUGGACUCGCUGCGUGCGGCCGGCGUGGCCGUGCGGGACCUGGGCGAUGCCCGGUGCUCCUUCCAGGACCGUAGCUGGAACAUCUCAGCUGGGAUCACCAGCUCUCCCCGGUGGCUCUGUCCCCAGCCCAAGGGCACUGGCUCGCUGGCUCUGCUCGUGGUCCUGGUGGGCCUCUCCCUCCUCAGUGCUGGGGCUUUCUGCCUCCUGAGGAGAGGCCAGAAGGCUCCGGGCUGUGCGGGACUCCGGAGCAACAGGGUGGGGGUCUCCCUGCCCCACCCCAAAGGAGAGGGGCCAGCCCAGGAGAGGCCACCAGACAUGGUCACCAAAGUGUAGCCUAGAACUGUAGCAAUCAGUCAGAACUCUAAUUAUUAUUAAUAAUAUUAAUAUUAAUCAUA